AUGAUUAAACAGAGAGAUUUAAAUACAUUUUUAGCGAACUACUAAUCAUUUGAUAGAUAAACCAAGAAACCGUUCGAAUAUUUAAAUUUAUCAUAUCAUCAAUAAUUUGAUCAUUCACCUCUCAGGAAACAAACAUAUACAACAAAAGCAAAUGAUAUAUAAUAUAAGAGUCUUUAAGAACCUUCAUUCUUAAGAUAAAGCAUAUUGCCUAAUUAUGAGCCUACAAAAUGUUCAAGUUAAAGAAAUGGAAUAAUUAAAGCUUAUGCAGCAAACACAAAUUAAGGAAUUGUUAGAGAUUACAAUGAAGAUAGAGUCUCAAUUAUCUUAAAUAUUAUUAAACCAUAAAGUAGAAAUACAGAAUAAUGGCCUAAAUGCUCUUUUUUUGGAGUAUAUGAUGGACAUGGUGGAGCUGCAUGUGCUGAUUUUUUAAGGGAUAAUUUACAUUAAUUUGUGGUUAAAGAACCAGAUUUUCCAUGGAACCCAAUAGGUGCCAUUACUAAAGGAUUUGAGGCAGCUGAAAAAGCAUUUAUUUAAAUGGCAUAAGAAUCUUAUAAUAAAGGAGUGCCUGAAAGAAGUGGAUCAUGUGCUAUUGUAAUAUUAAUCAUAGGAGAUAAUUGUUAUGCAGCAAAUGUUGGAGAUAGUAGAGCUAUUUUAAGUGCAGCAUCUGGAAAAAAAGCAAUAGCAUUAUCGCAUGAUCAUAAACCAGAAUUAGAAUAAGAGAGAAUUGUUAAGGCUGGUGGAUCUGUUUACCAAACCCAUGGAAUUAAUGAAGAAGGAAUGUAAAUCUUAGGACCAGUUAGAGUUACUCCAGGAAGAUUAUCAGUUUCAAGAACUUUUGGGGAUAUAGAAGCUAAACUAGAAAAGUUUGGUGGAAAUCCAAAAGUAGUAAUUGCUUAACCUGAAAUAAAGUAAUUUAAAAUUACUAGUGAGCAUGAUUUUAUUGUUUUAGGAAGUAAUUUUUAAUAUUUAUAUAUAAAGGCGAUGGAAUUUUCGAUAAAUUAAGUUCUAUUGAUGUAAUGAAUAUUAUUUGGAAAGAUAUAUUAAAUUGUCAAGUUGGAAAUAAUUUACAUACUGUUUUAUCUAAUUCAGUUGAAUCAGUUCUUUAGGAAAGUAUAUAAAGAAAGAGCACAGAUAAUGUAACUUUGUUGAUUGUUGCUUUUUCAGUUUCAUAAUUAAAAGAAGAGGAGUUGAGAAUAAAAACAUCAUCUUCAAUUGAAAAAUUGGUAAAAGUCCCAUUAACAAACAACAUUCCUAAUAUGAGAAUGAGGUAAUAGACUAAUAUAUAUCAUUUUUAGUUAUUCCAAAAAAACUAAUGAUGAAAAUAAUCCAUUCGUUAUUAACACAUAAAAGAUGAAUCCUCAUUUGAAGAUUAAUAAACAAAAAGUUGAUGAAACUAUUAGAUAUAAACCUAGUUAUAUUAAUUGA